CACAGAUCGGCAAAAAGAAAACGAAAUUCGAUCCGAAAACAAGUGCAAAUAGAUUGACAAAUGAUCCUUUUGAGGUGCUGCUCCACAGGAUGUUACGGUCAGAUCACGACGUCAAUAAAUUUCUAAACUGGCACCAAGAAAAAUCAAGAGGUUGCAUGCCGCCUCGCAUUUUUUGAAAAGAAGCGCCAUCGGUCGAUAGCAGUUUUAUUCCGGUAGAACAAGGAAGUGGGAAAACGUUAGAAAAUUCAUCCCCUUCGUCAUUUCUGGCUAGUAGCGAGUUCCCUUGAACAUUCUUACCCCACAAAAAAGUAAUUCUUCAACGGAAAAAGGAAGCUGGUGCAACAGGAAAAGAUACAAAACUUGCGUUUGCUCGGAACUUCUACAACUUUGGUUGCUAUUCGCUUUCGCACAACGUAAUUGAACUUUUAUUUUGAAGACUUGUUUUGGGAUAUUCCACACAGAAGACUUGUUUUGUUUACUUCUAUGCAUUACUUACUGCAAAAAAUUUUCGUUUUUUUCGAAAAGAAGAGCGCGCAAUCGAUGUAUGAUUGGCCGAUUAUACUGUCGUAGUUGAUCUUCUUCCACAAGUUUAUUUUCCUACAUUCGCACUUAGCAUUCGUUUUGUUCAUCCCGGAUCGUAUUUUCCGAUCGCAAUUCUCUUACCAGAAUAAUCUGGCUUUGUCAACAUAUACUUCAUCAUCUACGUCUUCUCUCACGACCACCCGAGUAGAUUUUUAUACCGAUAAACUUCACGAAUCGAAAUUUGGUUCAAACCUGUAAAACAUGGUGGUCUACUCCGUGGUCCCGUCAAAGAUCAUGAAGAGCUUCGCUCUCGUGGUCUACUACGCAUUUUCUUUGACUUCGACAAGCCGAUUGUUAUACGGAUUUUCUUCAUGCUGCUGCAUGACCGACUGCAACAAGAAUCUCCUGCAAGACACAUUCAUCGUGUCGGCGCUGUCCCUGCAUAGCUCGCGGACGAGAGCUGGGAGUGGCGAUAGAUCUGGUCGACGUUCCAGCUCCUCUUCCAAGCGUCGGUCCUCGCCCACGACCCGGAGGACUGGCACAACAAGCGCUAUCCUGUGUAAAAACGUCCCCGCCCCAUAGUCAAGUUGGGAACUUAGCAACACAAAUCCAGAAGUUUUGGGAGCCACGCAUGACAAGUUGCAGUCCGUAGUGUAGUGUAUGUUAGCAAGGACAACCGCAUCACAAAUCUAUCGGCUUAUCCUGUUUACAGCAUUACAAAUUCCAGAACGCGAUUGGAAAUGCCUCUCAUGAAGAUGCGCAUUACAAAUCUUCCUGCAGUCGCAAAUCUGCAUGACAACCAUGGGGUGGGGAUGUUUUUACUCAGGAUAAGCGCUUCCUCCUCUUCUUCGCGACAACUGCCCCAGCACCAGCUGCUCAGCAACCUGCAGCAUGUGGCGCGCGGCGGAGGUUCGUCGACGUGGUCAACUGCGCAGCAAGGUAACGCAGCGGUGACCAACUACACGACACGGAAUCAUGCUGGUGAUCACUGGCAACUUCGCGUCGGGGCUUCGACCUUUUCGGGCAAAAAAACGCAUGUAGCAGCGGAACUGAUCAAACAGAAUUACUACCAAUCCUGGGCCGACAUUCCGGAAACGAUUCGCGACGACCCGCUCGUCGUGUACGCGGGCAUCCAGCACCGCCAGUGGCAAUACGUCCUUCCGGAAGAGUUAGCGAAACGCCGGUGGCCGUCGCAGGAGGAACGGGCCUCACUGUCGGCUGACCUGCAAAAGAAAAAGUCCCACACGAAAGCAAAUUAUACCGCAGAAGACAUUGCCAACCACCGGUUGAUCUACGGCGACGCUCUGACAUACCUGCUCCACGGCAAGGCAACCGCGGGGAAAUACGCGACCGAACGUUAUGGCGCCAUUGGUCAAGGCUGGAUCACCAAUUGGCUAGAGCAGGUUCCCGAGGAACACCGACAUGACCCGGACGUGGUGGCAAACGCCAUCAGUCUUUCCGAUCUGAUAACGGAUUGGGAUACCGAGGUGCCGGACCAGGUGAAGGGGCACGGCCGCGUGGUGAAUGCGGCACUGUCCGUCGGGGAGGGGAGCGGCUUUGGCGAAGGGUAUGAGCCACUUCCUUGUCUAAUCACGGACUGGCAGAACCAAGUGCCACGGGGGAGUGUGGCUCGGCAGAACUUAACGACGGUGAGCAAGGCCGUCGAUCAGGGGUUAAUUUUCCACCCAGGCGACGUGGAGCGGCGAGCGCCAGGGGACGAGUUUGAGGUCGAAACGUGGCUGAAAAUAGCGAGCGAGGUGAGGUGUAUCCAACGUGAAAUAAAAGUACUGUGAUACAGUGACGGACGACCCAUGGUGCUGGUGCUUUUUAUCGGAAUUCAUUUUUCUUGUCGGUUGGUUUUAUAUAGAAGCCUUGGGGCUAUUUCUUGGCAACAUCUUCACAAGUUCAACAUCUUCACGUUGUAACUCGGUAAUCUGCGGGAAGAACGACCCGAAAUGUAGCAACUAUUCAUCAUUUUCUGGCAUGCAGUAUCACGCAACGCGCAAAAAUGCGCAAAGGCGCCGCCUUAAUUGGAAAGCGCCAGGAACAAAAGUUGUGUUUAACUAGCACGAAAGCCACCAGGCAGAAAAAUUUGCAUAUAGAAUUAAAAAUAUUUUUCGCAUCACUGCUGUACAGUACUUUCCUUCUGUUGGAUAGUAGUGGACUGGGAGACGCCCGACCAACCGGAGCAAGGGUGGUGCAAGGCGAUGGAGGUAGGGCUCAUCUACUCUGUCGGGGAACUGUGGCAGACGCCGUUGCUACGAGAUACCGACUAUGCACUGCAAAUAUCGAUCUGGGUCACUGGAACAAGAGAGCGACCUGUGAUGCGCCGUGGCCGUCCCACAGUAGACUACACAAAAAUCUGUCUUGCGCGGGUAGCACAAGAAGCCCUUGAUUUUGGAUUUUGGCCCUGCCAAUAUUAAACGGCAUAAUACUUCUCAUGCGGGAUUUGCAUUUUUGCGAAGCCCUCCAUGCAACAAAAGUUCUUGUGAUCAUGCUAUACCCUGGUUCUGAGUCGCAGUCCACCUCGUGGCGCAUGCAAAACCUGCAUGACAAACUCCUGCACUCUACUUCCAGAGGACCCAGACACAUUUGCAUUUGAUAUCCACGGCGGUCCGGAAAAUAUUGAAAAGUGGAGAAACGUCGUGCGGCACGUGUUUCGGUAUACGAGAGCGUCCAGACAAGACUGGAACUUGCUCAGGCAAAUGCUGGCGCAGAAGGAUGUUGACUCCCCCGAGCAGUUGCUGAGAGCGGAAGUAGCAAGAUUGGGCCCGGACUCUGCGUGGUGGCAGAUGCUCCAGCAACCAGGCCAAGACCGUGGGAGGAGCAGAGUGGCUACAAGCAUAUGCACGACCGAGCUGCCUUGAGGGCACAGCGGGCGGGACCGGGACCCGUUCUGUCUUUGAAUUCUACCGAGCGUCUGCAGCACUAUAGGCGCUCGUGGUCCUCCUCUUCGCGCUAGCAUGCAAAGCGGCCAGAAAAAAUUUUAGCUCGAAAAUAACAUCAAGAACUAGUAUAGCUUUACUACCCGGGGGGAGGUGCAGGCGAGGAACAUGUGGAAUCUGCAUUAACAUGUGGAAUUGGAUGAAUCAGUUGUAGCCAGACUGUCCGGGCUGUGAUUUGGAUGCGGAUUGGCCUUGUACAAGUUGUUUGAAAUUGAAGCCAGACAUUUGUACGAUUUUUUUCCGGAUAGUAUUGAAGCUAAACACAAUUAUUCAAGAAAUUAAAUCGCUUACAGAUAAACUUGUACUCGAAUCAGCAUGCAAACUGUAUAAUAGGGUAGGUCCAAGUGGUACUUUCGUCAACUGCAAGAAAAAGCGCCCCUUGCAUAGGUAAUAUGCAAGUGGCGCUUGCCCCGUGCACUAAAAACGCGUUCUCCCCUUACUGCACGACAAGAUUGCAAGCAAACAAAUUUUCAUUUUUUUUUCGCGAGACACAAGGAUGUAAAAUCAUAUUAAAAAGUAAGAACACCACCUAAUUAAACUCCGAAUGAAUUAUUGGCACGCGCACGCUUCGAAAGUAGUAGUAUUUUUUCCGUUGUUGCAUAUCCAUGACAUCUUUUCGCCGGACACAAAACAAAUUUUCAUUUCCAGAGCACGUGCCGCACGAAAUUAAGGUAGAAAACGGAUCAGUCAGAAGCUGUGAUUGAGAAAGCCGGAACGGGAAUUAUGGGUGGAUAGUGAUGAAGGGAUUCAAAAAAUUCCCGAUUUCAGCUGCAGAAACCAAAAAUGAGAAAAGAACCGAAGAAUAUUGUAGAAACCACGGCUCAAAAU